AUGGGCUACGAUGACAAGAACGUCGCCCUCGACAAGACGGGCGACGUCGAGACAGGCUCCCACUCUGGCCUCGAGCGCACCCUCAGCAGUCGUCACCUGCAAUUCAUCGCCAUAGGCGGCACCAUCGGCACCGGGCUGUUCCUGGGCACGGGCACGGCCCUGAGCAAGGCCGGCCCGGUCUCGCUCCUGAUCGCCUUCAUCUUCGUCGGCUCCGUCGUCUUUUCCGUCAUGGUCGCCCUGGGCGAGAUGGCGGCCUACAUACCGGUGCCGGGCGCCUUCACGGCCUACGCCACGCGCUUCGUCGACCCGACCACCGGCUUCGCCAUGGGCUGGAUCUACUGGUUCAGCUGGUCGCUCACGUUCGCGCUCGAGCUGUCGGCGGCCGGCAUCAUCAUACAGUACUGGGACGAGUCGCUCAGCAUCGGCAUCUGGAUCGCCGUCUUCUGGGUCGUCUUCACCGCCCUCAACUUCCUGCCGGUCAAGUGGUUCGGCGAGGUGGAGAUGUACCUGUCCCUGAUCAAGGUGGUGACCAUUGUCGGCUUCAUCAUCUUCAGCAUAUGCGUCAACGCCGGCGUCGGCCGCCAGGGCUACAUCGGCUUCCACAACUGGGCCCACCCCGGCGCCUUCGCCGAGUACAUGGCCGAGGGCGCCGGCGGCAAGUUCGCCGGCUUCUGGGCCGUCCUCGUCACCGCCGCCUUCAGCUACCAGGGCACCGAGCUCGUCGGCAUCGGCGCCGGCGAGACGGCGGACCCGCGCAGGGCCAUCCCCUCGGCCAUCCGCGGCGCCUUCUGGGGCAUCUUCAGCCUCUUCACCGCCACCGUCUUCUUCCUCGGCCUCAACAUCCCCUACGACGACGCCGCCCUCCAGAACGACACCCAGGACGCCUCGGCCUCUCCCCUCGUCAUCGUCGCCAACAUCGCCGGCGUCGAGGUGCUGCCGUCGAUCCUCAACGCCGUCCUGCUCACCGCCGUCCUCACCGCCGCCAACUCGAAUGUGUACUCGAGCAGCCGCAUCCUCGUCUCCCUCGCCAACUCCGGCCACGCCCCCCGGAUCCUCACCCGCACCAACCGGAUCGGCACCCCCAUCUACUCCGUCGGCCUCUGCUCGCUCGUCGGCUUCCUUGGCUUCCUCAACCUGUCGUCCGACGGGACCGUCGCCUUCAACUGGCUCCUCAACAUCGUCUCCAUCGCCGGCCUCAUCUCCUGGUCCCUCAUCAACCUGUGCCACCUGCGCUUCAUGCGCGUCCUCGAGCAGCGCGGCAUCCCCCGCAGCACCCUACCCUACGUCGCCCCCCUGCAGCCCUACCUCUCCUACUUUGGCCUCUUCUUCAACGUCCUCAUCGUCAUCACAAACGGCUUCGCCGUCUUCAUGGACUGGAACACGACCGACUUCUUCACCGCCUACAUCAGCGUCAUCCUCUUCGUCGUCCUCUUUGUCGGUCACAAGAUCAUCUUUAGAACCAAGUCUAUCCCUCUGGCCGAGGUCGACAUUGACUCAGGUCGCUCAGAGUACUAG